GCGCUGGUCUCGGCAGCGGCAGCGGCGGUUGCUGGGGCCGGGGCCAUGGAGCCCGGGUGGCUGCUGUGGGGAGCGGCGGUGCUGCUGCUGCUGCUCCAUGUCCUGGCCGAGCUGAGCCCUGCCGUGGGCUUCGUGCUGCGCCUGGGCUGGUACUGCCUGCUGUGUGUGCUGGGCUCGCUGCUGGCCGUGCCCGCCUGCCUGCUGCUCAACGGCGGCCGCACCGUCCGCAACAUGAGAAUCAUCAAAAAUAUAGUAAAGGCCUUCAAGUAUUUCUUUGGCCUGAAGUUUGAGGUGAAGGGACUGGAGAACUUCGAGGUGGAGGGCCCUGCUAUCGUUGUGUCCAACCACCAGAGCAUCCUCGACAUGAUGGGGCUGAUGGAGGUGCUGCCUGACAACUGUGUCCAGGUGGGCAAGAAGGAGCUGUUGUACACGGGCAUCGUGGGGCUCAUCAUGUAUCUUGGUGGCGUCAUCUUCAUCAACAGGAAGAGCACCACCAGUGCCAAGAUGGUGAUGUCAGAGGUGGCCAAGACUAUGGUGGCUGAAAACGUGAAGGUGUGGGUGUACCCAGAGGGCACGAGGAACUGCACUGGGGACUUCCUGCCCUUCAAGAAAGGAGCGUUUCAUCUCGCUAUCCAGGCACAGGUCCCAGUGAUCCCUGUGGUUUAUUCCUCCUUCACCAGCUUCUAUAACCCAAAGACAAAACUAUUUACAUCAGGCAAAAUCAAGGUUGAGAUUCUGCCUCCCAUCGAGACCAAAGGCCUGACAUCAGAUGAUGUCUCUGACCUCACGGACAGAUGCUACCACACCAUGAGAGAGACCUUCUUCGUGCUGUCAGGCCGUCCAAGUCCAAGUGAGGCAAAGGACUCAUCUUAGAUGCUUCUCCAGUGGCAUCACCGUGUGGUGGUGGCUGAAGGGACCUGUCUGUUGCCAAAUCCCGAAGGAACUUCUCUUCCACUGCAGUGACUUGUCACGCCGGGAACACCAUGGACCAGCACACACGGGUGUCCAGCGAGCGCUGAGGUCCCCGUUGAGUGGAUUUCUCUUAUGGGUUCACUGUCUCCCAAUGAAACAUCUCCUUUCUCUGAAUUUCUCAGGCAUCAAACUUGUGCUACCAAAGGGCUCAAUGACCAGAGAGGUGAGUUCCCCAGCUCCUGUGGGCUGACAGGAGAGCCUGACCUGGCUGUCCCACAGGCAGCAGUUUGUAUCUGCACGACCUUGAUGCUGCUCCACCAAGGCUGAAUCAGGUGAAAAUGCAGACUUUGGCUCUCAGCAGCGCAGGGAGCUGAUGUCCUCCCUGGGCCAGCAGCACAGUGGAACCCAUGGGGUGUCCCUGGGACAGGGCCUGUCUCCCUGAGCAUUGUCCUUGUGCCACAGCAGUGCUUAGUGCUGGGGCUCUGUGUUAGUCCUGAGUGGAGUCCUUCACUUCCGAAGGAAGCACCAGGGCUGAUAUCCUCAGCUGGUGCUGCAGAGGAGAACGUGUGGGGUGCUCGGCCUCACAGUGUGUCUUCAGGCUUGAUUGCCUUGUCUGAACCAAGUGCCCUUGUGCAGCAGUGGGGACCUGACCAACCAGAUGUAUGGUGUGGUACAGCCUUGCUGGUUUAGGCCUUUUCUCAAUGAAGCCCCAUGCUUGCUUCUACCAUUCAGAGCCACCAGCCUGUAUUUAAAACCUACAACUGUGUCAGCCCUGGGCAAACCUGUGCUCAUAGUGACUUGUCUGUGCCGUGCUGGUGGCUCGGUGGGGUCACAGUGGGUGUCCUGGUGCUGUGGUACCUGCUGCAGAUGCAAAGGGCUCUGUUCUGCUCGUUUUGCUGCUUGUCAUGGUCAGCACUGGCCGAAAGAUGGUGCCUGUCCCAUGUCUUUGCUGAUCUCGGUGGAGCUGUGGCUAUGCGAGGCUUGCAAAGCUCCUGCAGGGCCACGGGGAGGGUGAGCUGGAGCUGUGACCCGGUGCUGAAGGCUUCAGCUCUCCCUCCGGGGGAAAGGGAUCUGUUCCCGUUCACAUAAAGGGAUUUUCCCUGUGCUUUGGGGUGAUGGAGGCUGCAUCCCUCGCUGGGAGCCACACAAGUGGUGAUGCCCUCUGCGAAGAGCAAGGCUGGGUCAGGCCGUGGUUCUGGGGUAACCUUCACCUCUAACUUGGGUUCAGGGAGGCUUUUGCUCUCCUGGUCAUGGUGUAGGGUGUAGAACUUUGAGAUAAGCUGCCUGGAGCUGCUCAGGUAUCCAAUGCAAAUGGCUCUUGCAGCCUGCAGUGGUGGAAUUGCAGUUAUCUGGGGGUUAAAGCCUCCACGGGGAAAGGCAGGAGCUGGGGCUGGGGGGGCUUUAUCGAAGGGGCCUUAACAAGUACAGACUCAGGGGUCAGACCCGCUGCAGCCGGGUCAGGGUGGGAGGAUGGGAGCUGAACCAGCACUUUGUAAGUGGCAGACAAGGGGCUGUCAUGGAGGGUCCUGAGGGGAGCAGUGUCCACUGAGGGACCUGCAGCAUCGUCCCCAGGAGGAGGGAGCAGUGCCUCUGUGUGCAGUUUCUGCUGUUCACUUUUAAUUGGGGUGACAAUGAUGUUAUGUGCUUUAAAGAGAAAAAAUAACACGGUACACCUUUGGUUAUUUAAAUAAA